AGUUAGGGAUUUAUAGUGGGUGUUGCCACUCUGGGCUAUAAAGAUAGUUCUGGGCCUGUAGAUAAAAGUGUGUGUGCAUGUGUGUGUGAGAGGGAAAAAGAAAGAAAGGAAGAAAGGGAGACAGGGCAGAUUAUUGUGAAUUAAUACAGUUGUGCAAUGAUCUUUGCAUCAGGAAGACUCUUUAAAAGGGAACUUAACCAAACUUAUGUUAUGUUAAGCUUGAACAUGUUAGUUGUAUUUUAGGGCACAGAGUUUAAAGAAAAAAAGGGGCAAGUUUAAAGAGAAAGAGAAAACAAGCUGUUUGCCAUCUGGACAACAGAACCUACAGGAGUCAGCGUGUCAGCACCAUGGGGAAGUCAGCGUCAAAGCAGUUUGCUGAGGAGCUGCUGCAGAGCCAUAAUGAGUACAGGAGGAAGCACCAGGCUCCUCCACUGAAGCUGAGCGGAAAGCUGAGCAGAGAAGCUGCCCGUUAUGCUGAAAGUCUGGCGAGCACUCGGAUCCUGAAACACAGCGAGGAGUCCAGCAGGGGGAGCUGUGGAGAAAACUUGGCAUGGGCCUCAUAUGACCAAACAGGAAAGGAUGUGGCGGCUCGCUGGUAUGACGAAGUGAAAAACUACAACUUCAGCCACCCCGGAUUCUCCUCCGGCACUGGUCAUUUCACAGCCAUGGUGUGGAAGAGCAGCAAAGAGCUGGGUGUUGGAAAGGCCUCCGCAUCAGACGGCUCUUCCUUUGUGGUGGCCAGAUAUUUCCCAGCAGGGAACAUCACAAACAAGGGACACUUUGAAAAUAAUGUCCUCCCGGCUAAAACCAGCUCUUGAAGAGACGUGGAUCUUCUUGACUCGACUCCAUUUAUUUUUUUUUCCGUAUUACAGAAGAGACGCUGUCCGACUGCGCUGCUGUGGAGAAUACUCUGGACUGCAGCACAUCUUGCUGGAUAGAAAGCCAUACUGCACUCGUGUAUGGAUG